AUGAAGACUCGAGCAACAAAGACUUCGGUCAAAGUUGCCCAGCCCAGCGAGGAGAGCAACUCUGAAAACACCGGCCUAGAACUGAGCAGCAGCAACCCUCCACUCCUCUUCGUUCUACCAGAUGGGGCUUCGCCGGAUGCUCGCGUCGUUACUCUGCCAAACCCAGCCUCUUCAGCUCCUACUCGAUACUUUUUCUGUCCGGCUAAAGGCAUUUAUGAGUUCACCAAAAUCGCUGCACCAAAGAAGACACCUCGGAGUUUAUUGAUCGCUCCCGGACAUCCGACAACAGAUAAUUUGGAUGGGGAAUCCAUGCUUGCAACAGGCUAUAGCGUCGAGAAUGCAGACCUCUUUGUCGCGACACCUGUUGAUCCCCUUUUCCUUCUCCUACCCGCCUUAGUGCCUGCCGCCAACUCGCACGAGCAACUCUUCCUGACAAUCGAUGAUCACCUUGACAAGCUGGCUGAAGGAGCGGAACAUCUGUCUCACCUGCUUCGUUCGACGAAGAUACAAGAGUCAUUCGAGAAAAGGGCGGAUGCUGUUUGCGAUAAUGUCGAUCUGGGUCAUGAAAAGAUGUUCCGCUUGUCCGAUGCGAAGCUGUUACUUGAGCUCGUCAGCAAGGCCCGUCGCAUGAAUGCCAAUGGCCUCCCUGCGUCCAUAGAAAGCCAAUUUGUACAAGAAGCCCUCCGUAUUCCUAUGAUGGCUGUGCAACGAACAGAGUCACAAGACGAAGCAACCCCAGCAGCAGGUGCAGACCUACCGACUCCUUCGACAGCCACAGACCAAUCUCAACCUUCUCAAACAUCGGCCGUCACCGAAGCUACUUCUCUCACAUCGGCCUCCGAGUCUACUCCUGACAAUAUCAUCACCCUUCUCCGCCUUCGCACCGCACUGAACCUGCUCCUCUCAACCUAUAUUCCCUCGACUCUCCACUCAAAACUGAAUGCUAUGCUCAAGGCCCCUCUCACAGCGCCCGUGGACUUCGCUCCUCUCGACGCACACCUUGAGCAUAUUGCCGACGCGAAACGCCGCGCUCAAGCGCUUCGCUCCCUGUCUGACAACAUAUCCCGCAAGCGCAGCACCAUGAACGACGAAGAGGCUGANAGAAAGAGAAGCUACCAAGAGAAGGAAAAAGGAAGAAGAAGAGGCAAAAAGAAGAACAUGAGUAGGGGUGUCAAACAGUUGGGCAAGAUCAACACGACGGGUAUGAUGAAGCUGAGUUCCUUCUUUACAAAAGCGCCGGCGAAGAAGUAG